AUGGAUUAUGAAGAAAAACUUAACGAUUCUACAAAAUCAAUUGAUCAUUAUCGUACACUCAUAGAACCUUCCCUACAAACUUUGAUUGAGCAGCAUUUACAUGCACUAGAAAUGGAUUAUGCAUAUAUAUGGGCGAUGAUGCUUUAUGAUUAUGAGGAUCAACGUUUGAUUGAAGAAAUUCAACAGCGAUAUCCAUUACUGACGAACAAUGAUAAACAAUGGAUUGCUCAACUUUGCCAUCGAACAACAGUAUACGAAAAGUCUAAAACUGAAGCAAAACGGCUUGAACAACUUUUCCAAGAAAAUAAAUUACCUGAAGAGAUUGAUUCAAUUCAAAUUGUAUCGCCAUCUUAUAUUCAUACUAUACAAAAUCAUACUAAACGUCAUCAAUUGAUCGAACAACAUGAAGCUAUUCUCAAUGAAUACAAAAAACAACUGAUGAUCUUAUUUGUUAAUAGGGCUCAAAUACACAUGCAUGAAACACAAAAACUACUCGAUGAAAAAAUCAUUGAAUUUUGGCAAGAUCAGCAUUCUCGUUUAGAAAACGAGCAAUUUUCUCCUAUGCUGUUGAACCUAAUUGAACAACGUUUCCAUAAUAUUACAAUGAAAGCUGAUUUCGCUUAUCAAUAUACUCUGAAGCGAGUAUAA